AGAAACAAUAUCGAGAAAUUUGAAAUAUUAUUUUUAUAGCUUUGUAGCUUACUGAAAAUGGCUAAACGACAUCCACUUUUAUUUAGUUAUUAAUACACGAAAUAAAUUGGUGUGCUUUCCUUCAUUCGUUUAGAAAUUAUGGGCGACGAAAGUCAGUUAUUGUGAACAUGUACAUUGCUCCCCACUGUACACAGCUACGCUACUACUUAUGAACAUAUUUAAGCGAACCUUUUGGAAACGGAGCUUUCGCAGAAUAUGAAACAAAAACAUAUUUCCGUGGACAAUACUUAAAUUUACGCUAUUACAUAAUGUUGCAUGUUAAAGAAUAAUCAGCCAAUACUGUAAAUUGGUGGGAAUGCAUGAAUGGGGUUGUCCGAAACAGUCGGAUCUCAAGGUGUUGGGCAGAAAUUGUUUCUCUUACUUGUAUAAAUGAUUUUAUGUACAUAUGUACGUAUGUAUGUGUACAUAAGUAUGUACAUGCAUGCAUGCAUCCCUUAUUAAUGCUACGAAGAUGCUCUGGAGUCUAAAGUCGCGAAGUCUAAACAUUCGCAUAAGCCUAUAUACUUAUUUAUAUCUAUGUGCUUUGACCUGUUGUAUUAAAUCAAAAUGGAGUUAUUUGUCAUUAAAAUUUAAAAUGUGGUUUAUUUCGAAAAUUGUUGUACCUAGAAGUGCUGGGAGCAGGCUCUGGCGCUGCCCGAGCCGCCAAAGCCAAAGGGGCGAGGGCGAUCAUGUCGGUAGUCGCAUUCUGGUUGCCUUUGACUUUGACCAGACCAUUAUUCAGCAAGACUCGUACCUGGCGGUAAGCCAACUUCUGCCGAAAGCGAGGCGCAACAUUUCAUUGCUCCAAAUUUUACCGAAGUUUGGCUGGCAGACCUAUAUUAAUUUCGUGCUCCAGCUGCUGCAUGAAAAGCACAAAGUUGAUUCGAGUACAUCAGUCGGCCAGCAAAUACGCAGCAUUCCGGCGGUGCCAGGUAUGCUUCAUCUGAUGCGGCGCCUGAACAGAACUCCUACCGUCGACAUGUGCAUUAUUAGCGAUGCCAACUGGUUCUUCAUUUCCGAGUGGUUGGAGUCGUACGGCAUCAGUUGCCUGUUCACCGACAUUAAGACCAAUGCUGCCUGCGUUCAGGCGGACGGUAUGCUGCUGAUUCUACCCUACGAAGACCAGAUCGGCUGUGAUCUCUGUACCCGUAACCUAUGUAAGGGAGGCGUGCUGCAGCAGAUGCGACGUGGCGAGGUCUAUAAGCAAGUAAUAUACGUUGGCGACAGCUGUAAUGAUCUUUGUCCCAUGAAGAGCCUCCGUCCCGGCGACGUCGCUUGCAUUCGAAUCGGGUUUGAGCUGCACAGCAAGAUGGUGGCACAUGGCAAAAUGCUGAGUUGCUCGGUAGUGGGGUGGCGAGAUGGCCACGAGCUGGAAAAGCGCUUGCUGUCAAGAAUCGCUUGGUGAAUGAAUAGAAGCAAGGCAAAGAUGCUAACUUUAAUG